AUGGCCGCAAUACCGCCCACGCGCUCGGCGCUAGUCGUCUCGGGACCGGGCCAGUUAGACCUGGUGACGCAGCCGAUGCCCGAACCCGGCCCAGGCCAGGUCCUGGUGCGCGUGGCAUGCGUCGCCUUGAACCCAUCCGACGCCAAGAUGGUGAAUGCCGGCGUCCCCCUGGGCUCCGUAGCAGGGCUGGACUUUGCGGGUGUCGUGGUCGCCGUCGGUCCCCCUGCUGGUUCGUUCCCAGCUACAAACGGCCAGGAUGACCCUCCGAAAGAGGAGCACGGUCGUCAGAUCACGAUCGGCUCUCGCGUCUGCAGCCUCGCCUUUGGCUACAACAAGGACGGCGGCCUCACGGGCGGGUUUGCAGACUACGUGCUGGCAGAGGCGCAUCUCCUGGUGCCGGUGCCUGACGGCAUGGCGCUCGAUGAGACGGCCACGCUGCCGGUUGGCUUGAUCACGGGCGGCAUGGUGCUUUUCCACGAGCUGGGUCUGGACGCGACGGAGAGGGCGAUGCAUGAUAGCGACCUGGCGGAGGAGGAGGAGGAGGAGGAGAAGAAGAAGAAGGACAUUCUAGACCACCAAGACCGCCGCACGGCGCUGGUGUACGGGGGCAGCACGGCCUCGGGGCUGAUCAUGAUCCAGUUGUUGAAGCAGCAAGUCACCAACUCUGCCGGGUUUGACCCGAUCGCCGUGUGCUCCCCCAGCAACUUCCAACUCGUCAAAUCGGCCGGUGCGACGGCGGUAUUUGACUACCGCGCGGGGCCCGAAGACUGCGCGGCCGAGAUCCGCACGCACACACGAGACCGGCUGCAGCUGGCCAUCGACUGCAUCACCAGCCCGGACUCGAUGCGGGUGUGCUACGGCGCGCUCCGGCCGGCGCCGUCGCUAUCAGGACGAGGCCGGGACGACGGCGCCGGGCUAGCGGUGGUGGGCGACUCGCGCUACGUGGCGCUCGACAGCUUCCCGGCCUCGGGCCACACGCGCCGCGCCGUCAGGCCGUCCUGGGUCUUUGCCAUGUCGGGCUUCGGCAAGCCCGUCGACUGGACGGGGCCCUACAGGUGCGAGGCCCUGCCGGACCACCGCGAGUUCGCCGCGCGGUGGAUGCGCGAGGUGGUCCCGCGGCUGCUGGAGCAGGGCGCCGUGAAGCCCCUGGCCAGGACCAGGGUGCUGGGCAGAUCGCUGGUCGAUGUGCGUGGUGGGUUGCGGUUGCUGAGCGAGGGGCGGGUGUCGGGUGAAAAGCUUGUUUGUGUUUUGGGUGCUUGA